UGUUUCAUCUCUGACGCUGCUGAAUCUUUCACCUCUCACUCCCCCCACUUCUUUUCUUCCCUGUGUGUGUACGCAGAAAGGUGCUGGCUUAAGGAAACCUUAAGAUACUUUCAUCAUUUUUACCGGAACUUUUCCAUUAUGAUCCAAUGUUUAAGCAGAUACAAACAACAGGACACCUAUCCAAACUCUCGACUAUUACAUAUGGAAACUGAAGGAAGGUCCUGCAAUUAAACCGCAGCUCCAGUCACAUCUCUCCUUAGCUGACUUUUGUUCCCCUGCCCGGCUAGUGUGCUGCUUACAGGACCAGCCCAGUCUCUGGAGGGAUGGGAAGGAGUCCAAACUCAAUAAAUUCUGGUUGCAGUUGGUGCACCCAGGGAGGCAUGGAUUGUCUUUCUGCAAGAAUAUAAAUGGAAAUGGCUUUUUAAAAAAAAUUGAUGGUGCAUCCUAUUUCUCUCAAACUGCUCCUUUCUUGCCCCGGAUUUUUUUCCUUUUUCUUUUUUCUCUCUUCCCUCUUCUCUUCUCUUCUCUUCUCUUCUCUUCUCUUCUCUUCUCUUCUCUUCUCUUCUCUUCUCUUCUCUUCUCUUCUCUUCUCUUCUCUUCUCUUCUCUUUUCUCUUUUCUUUACAUUUGGCAUUAAAAUUAAAAACAUAAACAAAUCUUAGCUGAAAUCUGUCAUCAGUGGCUGUCUGUGACUGAGGAAUGUAUUCAGGGAUUGCAUAAAUCACCUCACUUUUUCCAACAAGAUUAAUAGACCUUUCAGAUGGCGUCUGGGCAAACAAAACACGAGGGUGGAGCGAAAAGUGUGGUGGAGAUGGGGUGCGGGGCGGGGACGUGUGUGUGUGUGUGUGUGUGACGAGUAUUUCUCUUCCCCACGGCGAUCACAAGGUGCACAAGUGGGUGGUCCUUCUCCAUCGGCGGACAUUUGAUGCCAUCCCAAGAUUUUCAGCCAACCCCUGAACAUCUGGGGAUUGAGCAAGAGAGAAUAAAAAGUUCUCUUGGGAAGGCUGGCAGACUGACUGCUUGCUGUAGGUCGGUUGCUCUGUCUGUCUCUCCGUGGGCCGGGGCUCUGUGGGUCAGAGACAAAGCAGGUCAUGGGGACAGUGGCGGGGAUCAAGAGCUGCCUGGCUGCGGGGUUGUUGCGGAACCAAGUGGCUAUCGUCACCGGAGGCGGCACUGGCAUUGGCAAGGCUAUAGCCAGCGAGCUGCUGCACCUAGAAUGUAAUGUAGUUAUCGCCUCCCGUAAUUUUGAUAGAUUAAAAUCUACAGCAGAAGAGUUGAAUGCUGAGCGCCUGCCCUCCAAUAAAGCCAUUGUUACUCCUAUCCAGUGCAAUAUUCGAAAAGAAGAAGAGGUCAACAAUUUGGUUAAAUCGACAUUAGAUGUGCAUAGUAAGAUCAAUUUUCUGGUGAAUAAUGGAGGAGGCCAAUUCUUAUCUCCUACUGAACACAUCACUUCAAAGGGAUGGAAUGCUGUGGUUGAAACCAACCUGACUGGUACCUUCUAUCUUUGCAAAGCAGUUUUUAAGUCCUGGAUGAAGGAUAAUGGAGGGUCUAUUGUGAACAUCAUUGCCGUAUUAAAUAAUGGAUUUCCUCAUGCUGCGCACAGUGGAGCAGCAAGAGCUGGUGUCGAAAAUAUGAGCAAAACUUUGGCAAUGGAAUGGGCCUGCUAUGGAAUAAGAAUCAAUUGCAUUAGUCCUGGAGUAAUUUAUUCUGCCUCAGCCUUCAGCAACUAUGAAGACUUUGAAAAUGGCUUAAUUAAAGGAUUCUUUCAGCAUUGUGCUGCUAAGAGAUUUGGUGUUCCUGAGGAGAUCUCUUCCAUGACGUGUUUCUUGUUAUCUCCUGGUGCCACAUAUAUUACAGGACAAACAGUGAAUGUAGAUGGUGGCAGUACUCUUUAUUCCCAAAGUUGGGAUAUACCAGCUUCUAAUUGGAGUUUUAGUGAUUGGAACAUAUCAGAAACUACCCAAGGAUAAAUGGAUUUUUUUUUCCAGAAUAGAGGUGAAAUUUUGUAGUUUAUUGGAAGGCAAGCUGGAAAUCAGCAAGAUUUUGAGGAGCCAGCUUCCCCUACAUACUUACAGCUUUCCUCUCCUCGUGUCUCUGUCACAAUUUGUAUUUCACUCUAACUGCUUUGAAAUCUCUUCUCAGAAAUCUUUACAAACAGCUCUGACUCUUAUACAAAUAAAAAGCACUAAGUCUAA